AUGAACGGUACUGGUAUUGAUUUAAGCAACGGUCGGGAAGAUAUUGCUGUUUAUUUUAAACCAAAUCCAACAGAACAGACGUUCCCAUUGUUUCAGUACUCUCCAGUCAACAUCCAAGGACCAGGAUGCCUUGUUGACCCCAGUGAAAUUACCCUGACUGGAUGCUCCUGCCUUUCUUAUACAUGCAUUAGUGAGAGCUGUGGCUGCCUGCAGACUCAUGGACAAUCAUACUCCAGCAAUGGCACAUUAGUGAACAUUAAUGUAUCGGAUAUUGGUCACUCUACACCUGUCUUUGAGUGUAACGCCCUUUGUUCCUGCAGUGACAAUUGCUCAAAUCGAGUGGUGCAAAGAGGUUUGAGACUGAGUUUGCAGGUAUGCAUGAUGAGCAACAGGGGAUGGGGAGUGCGGACGCUUCAGCCAAUCCCAUGUGGGACGUUUGUCUGCGAGUAUGCAGGGGAAGUUAUCAGUUUUGAAGAGGCCAGACGAAGGCAAAUUGCCCAGAGGUUUGAGGAAAAUAAUUACAUUAUUGCUGUAAGGGAGCAUGCUGGCACUGACUCCGUCACAGAGACAUUUGUAGACCCGGCCAUGGUAGGAAACAUAGGUCGCUUUCUAAACCACUCCUGCUUGCCGAACUUGUUCAUGGUGCCAGUCCGUGUACACUCUUUAGUUCCCAGAUUGGCUUUGUUUGCUGCCCGGGACAUCGAUAUCCAAGAGGAGCUAACAUUUGACUAUUCAGGAGGCUACAAAAACCAAAAACCAGGACAGCUACACUUCACACAAUCUGACGCUGCAAAUCAGGCCAGUAGGACAGUCCAAAGGAAAGCUUGUCACUGUGGUGCUAACAACUGUGCUAAAUUCCUGCCUUCGGAUGUAUCUAUUUUAAAUUAG